UUGAUUGUAAAAGGACUUACUGACAGAUUUCCAGCCCUGAAAGCCAGAACACCUGUUGCUCUGUUCUCCGUCUGAUCGGAACGUUUUCUCCAGAACCCGUGAGACCCCGAACCAGCAGCCAUGCCUCUUCACGGUGUGUGUAAGAACAUCAUGAGCGCUCGGCAGAAGGAACACGGCUAUGGGACAUCACAGAACCCGGACCGGUUCCAACAGCAGGACUACCUGCAGCUGAAACGGUUCCUCCUGACCCAAAACAAGCUGUUCAGAGACGAGACGUUCCCUCCGGACCAGCGCUCCAUCGGCCAGGGCAAGCUGGAGCCGGCGGAGCUGGCUCAGGUGCAGUGGCUCAGACCAAGAGACAUUUUGAUGUCCAAUCCGUUCUUCAUCCUCGAUGGCGUCUCCAGGUUUGACUUCGGUCAGGGACAAGUUGGAAACUGCUGGUUCCUGGCGUCUCUCGGAGCGCUGACCUUCCACAAAGAGAUCUUCAAGCUGAUUGUUCCUCUGGACCAGACCUGCGUGGGGAAGGACUACUGUGGGCUGUUUCACUUCAGGUUCUGGAGGUUUGGGAAGUGGGUGGACGUGGUGAUUGACGACAAGCUGCCAACAAUCAAACGGAAACCCAUCUUUGCCCGUUCCAAAGACGAGCGUGAGUUCUGGCCCGCUUUGCUUGAGAAGGCCUACGCCAAGGUUUGCGGAUCCUAUGCGGAUAUGACGUCUGGGACUCCGGCAGAGGCCAUGAGGGACUUCACCGGCGGCGUCCACAUGUGCAUCCAGCUGUCAGAUCCUUCCCCUGAUCUCUGGAAGCUCCUGUGCAGAGCCGGACGCUCCAGGACGUUCAUGAGCUGCAGCACCAUCCCAAAAACGGAAACAACUUCUGGCGACAGGCUACCGAACGGACUGGUCCCGGGCCACGCCUACACGGUGACGGGUCUGAAACAGCUGCAGAGCCAGGAGACGGAGGUGAACCUGGUGCGCCUGUGGAACCCCUGGGGGCACGGAGAGUGGAACGGAGACUGGAGCGACAAGUCUCCUCUGUGGCGAAGCGUCAGCACAAAGGACCGCGAAAAGUGCCUCACUGUGGAGAAUGAUGGAGAGUUUUGGAUGAGCCUGGAGGAUUGCUGCAGAUAUUACACCAACAUUGAAAUCUGCGGCAUGAGACCCGACUUCCUGGACGAAGAACCGGCCUGCCACUGGAAGACGUCCAUGUACGAGAACCGCUGGGUGGCAGGAACCACGGCUGGAGGCUACAUCAACCACAAAGAGACUUUCUGGACCAAUCCCCAGUAUCGGAUCAAGGUCUGCGGAAAAACCGAUUCCUCUCAGACCAGGAAUACUCUGGUGUCUCUCAUGCAGAAGUCGGACAAGAGGAACAGGCGUUUGGCGCAGCUCUUCUUCAUCGGCUUCAUCAUCUUUGAGGUGUCAGAAAAAGAUGAGAAACGCGCUGGAAAGUUCCCAGCAUCGUUCUUCAGCAGCCAUAGACCCGUUGCCCAAACCAGGAAGUUGAUGAAGUCCCGUGAAGUGACGGAGUUCCUCACGCUGAAGCCCGGAGAAUACGUCAUCGUGCCGUGCACCAACGAGCCCAACCAGACCGCCUCCUUCCUCCUGACCAUCUUCUCCCGGGAGGAGACCCGCUGCUAUGAAAACUCUGGACACAAUUUGAACAAUCCAGUUGAAAAGGCGAAGAAAGAGAAAAACUGCCAGGAUGUUGAAAAGAAAAUGCUACUCUUCCGUCAGUACUCAGACAAGUAUGAAGAAGUCGAUGCUGAGCUCCUGCAGCAGCUUCUGAAAGGUGACCUGAUAUCAGGAAGCUUUAGCAUCGAUGCAUGUCGCAGCAUGGUGGCUCUGAUGGAUGAAUCUGGAGAUGGAAAGCUGGACAGUCAGGAGUUUGGCUAUCUGUGGCACAAGGUUAUGAAAUAUAAGCGAGUUUUUGCCAAAAUGGAUGUUUCUCAAACGGGAACGCUGUCACUGACGGAGCUGAGGAACGCUUUGAGAGACUCAGGUAUGAGCAUCAGCGAUGAACUGCUUAACCUGAUGGUGGUUCGUCACGGCGCCUCCUCGGGUCACAUGACCCUGGAGAACUUCAUCAGCCUCAGCCUCCGCCUGAGCCGCAUGAACAAAAUCUUUACGGAGCUGUCGGAUGGGAGAAACGUCACGCUGUCCAGGUCAGAGUGGCUGUUUCUCUCCAUGUACACCUGACCCAGCAGGUAGAAGACAGGAGAGAAGAUCUGCAGAAACACUUUGUUGGAAUUUCAGAGGAAAUUAAACUUUUUUACUCUUUUUUAUAAAAACCUUCUGUGGCGAUUUA